UGCGGGGUCCCUGGUCUAGUGAUGUUAUGUUACUUUUCACUAAAUGGGAAUAAUUCCUCAUAUUCAUCUUAUAAUAUAAUAUCAUGUGUCUGGAUUUGUCUCUGCAGGUUGGGUGGAUGUUGUGUGACUUCCUCUGCCUGUGAUGAUCUCCGAUCCAUUCUUAUCAAUAAUCGAUCCCUCACCACACUGGAUUUAUCAGAGAAUAAUCUGGAAGACUCUGGAAUAAAACUUCUAUGUGAGGGGCUCAGAGAUCCUGACUGUACUCUGCAGGAGAUGUGGUUGGGUGGAUGUGGUGUGACUUCCUCCAGCUGUGAUGAUCUCCGAUACAUUCUUAUCAAUAAUCGAUCCCUCACCACACUGGGUUUAUCAGGGAAUAAUCUGGAAGACUCUGGAAUAAAACUUCUAUGUGAGGGGCUCAGAGAUCCUGGCUGUACUCUGCAGAGACUGACGUUGGGUUGGUGUGAUGUGACUUCCUCCGGCUGUAAUGAUCUCCGAUCCAUUCUUAUCAAUAAUCGAUCCCUCACCACACUGAAUUUAUCACGGAAUAAUCUGGAAGACUCUGGAAUAAAACUUCUAUGUGAGGGGCUCAGAGAUCCUGGCUGUACUCUGCAGGAGAUGGGGUUGGUAUGGUGUGGUGUGACUUCCUCCGGCUGUGAUGAUCUCCGAUCCAUUCUUAUCAACAGGGCUUUUUUUCUCAGAGAAUAGGUUCAGGAACUCUCC